AUGAUAACUCAAUUAGAUGCAUAUUUAACCUUAAAAGUGUGCUAUCUCGUUUUUGAUUUAUCCUCACAAUAUGUUGUUGACAGUUUCCUCUUAGCCCCUCUCCAUUCAAUUCUUUUUCGCUCACUUUGUGAAAAUGAAGAAGUCGUAGCACAACGUGCGAGGGGAGAAAAGGGGCACUGGAGAUCAAUUGAGGUAAUGACUGCACCAUUGUCACCAAUGGAAUCACUGUCACCAGCACUGGAUGAGCUGGCUAAUGAUGACCUCUCAUUCGCUAAUUUGACCUCAUUUAAACGACCAUUCUAA